AUGUCUUGGGAAAAAAAAUUUGAUGUUAUGAUAUUAGGAGCCAAUUGGAAGGAAUUCGCAAAGUUCUAUUCCUUGGACGUCAAAUACUGUUUAUGGUUUUCCUACCUACAAGAUUCACAAUCGCAGUUUAAGGUUGUGAUACAUGAUCAAGAUGGCUUGGAAAUAGGCUACCCUUCUCUCUUGAAAAGAAUUGGUGAAGAGAGUGAUCAGAGGAAAAAGGGGAAAUCUUCUAAGAAGAUGAAAUUCAACCCAAAAGAGGAUCCUAAGUGUUGUCACAUGAAACAUGAAGGAACUGAUUCUCUAAGGACAAAGCUUGAGAUUAAUACAAAGCACAAAAAUGCUGUUGAAAUACAAGACAGCUGCUAUGCCAGAGGAGAGUGCUCAAAAUCUGAGGCUCUUAAAAAAGAGGAGCCACUGGAAGAUACUAAAAUUAGCAGUGCAUUACAGAGAGCCAAGGCUUCCAAAUCUAGCAACGAUACCAUUCGUGAAUUUUGCAAAUCACACAUUAAAAACAAAGUGAUGACAAUGCCAGUCAAAUUUAUUCCAGCACCUUUACAAAAGGAGGGAGAAGGGAAUGUUACUCUUUGGGUUUCUGAGGAUAGUUGGGUUGUCAGGUUCAAGAAGAUUCAAUGCAGGAAUCAAAUUUUACUUAAUAGUGGUUGGGAGAAGUUUGCAGAGGACAAUGAUUUGAAAGUGCAUGAUGUGUGUGUUUUUAAGGAAAUGAAUUCAGCUGAAGGUUCAUAUAGAGUUCAGAUUUUUCGUGCCGGAGAAGCAUCAAGCCCUCACCAGAUUCUAGAGGCUGAAGGAAGAAAACAAAGAGGCCUGCCAGAAAUUGAAAGAGGCAGUGGAGGAACUGUCAAAAAUUGCCCAAGAACUAAUGUCUUGGAUUAUGGUCUGCUUACUACCGAUUCUGAAUUUCCUAGAAACAACAACACCAAGCCAGAGAAUCAAUUCACCAUCACCUUAAAGAUGGCUGAAAUACAUGGAAUGAGAAUACCGAUGGAAUUCGUCAGAAAAUAUGUCACUAAUUGGUCUUACUGCCCUCUGGUGCUGCGUUUUAAGGAGAAAGACUGGACUGCGAGUUUAUAUUAUUCUCCAGUGGAAUAUUCCAUGGUAAUGGACUGGUCUAUUUUUGUGAAUCGUUCUGAGCUGAAGGAUGGAGAUGAAUGUCACUUUGAGCUAGUUGAUGAAGAAAAAAUGGUGCUUGAAGUUAAAGUUACAAGACGCAUGCACGGAGUUGUUAAUCACUUGUAA